CAGGUGCGAGGAUGCUGGGCAGGUGUCGAAUGCGUCGAGGGGUCAGCCUCGAGGUCAUCGUCGAGGAAGACGACAACGCUGAAGUAGUCCUCGACCCCGAGCCCCUCCUCGAAGACGACGACGACGAGGACGACAGUGAGAAUGGGCGGUCUGCUCCUGCGUCUCCUGACGGCAGCGACGGCGCUGGAGGAGGACGAGGCCGGCCAGGAGGAUCCCCAUCAGCAGCGGAGGAGAGGAGGAGGAAGCGAGAGAGGCGGAGAACCAUAGGAGGACUUUCAAGAGUUCGCUCCGUGUCCUGCGAGGCUCUCACACUUCUGGACACCAGUGAUAUGGAUUCAUGCUGUUCAGAGUGGGACGAUGAUGAUGAGUUAUCAACCCCCAGCAGUAACUACGUCACCCUUAAUAGGCCAAUCAGCAGGCGCCGAAUUCUUGAGAGUAGCCAAUCACACUGUGACUCUGAAGAUUCUGGGAUCGAAUACCACUCCAACGAAGACGAUCCGGUGCUUGAGGACCACUCAAGUAUCGAAGAUCGCACAGACGCUGACCAGUCCUCAGACGACGUGCACGACCAAGACACCGCGACGGAGUCUGACGACGACACACUUGACCAACACGAGCAGAUUUCUGAAAUUUCUUCACCUGGUCAUGUCGACACUCCCGAGUUCGCCGACACUAAAGCAGACACAACAACAACAAGUCCGGACACUAAAACAGACGCCGGACCAACAAGUCCGGACACUGAAGCAGAAACCAGACCAACAAGUCCGGACACUGAAGCAGACACCAGACCAAUAAGUCCGAACACUGAGGCAGUCACCAGACCAACAAGUCCGGCCACUGAAGCCAUCGUGUGGACCAACGAUGACACUAACACCGAUGAAUGCGCUGACGCCAUCACCAAAGAAGCAGCAAACAUGAGUUCUGAAGGGGACGUCGACCUGCCUCCCAGCACAAAGACUACCAAGCAGUUGUUUGAGGACCGAGUGAGGGAAGGAGGCAAGGAGCCGGUGGAGACGGCGGCCAAGUACCUGCAGGAGUACAGUGCCAACGACGUCUUGGAGAACAACAAGGUCGUGAUUGUGGAGACAACGCCGCCAGUGUCAGCCAGGAGGCCUUCGCCAGCACAGGAGGCGGUGGACUCGGCGGAGGAAGAGCUGCAGCUGAAGCGGGCCGCCUACACUAUCCGCAACAAGGAGGUGCAGCUGGAGGAGCUGCCGAGGCCUCACACCGUCCGCAGCGUCAAGCAGCUCUUUGAGGACCUCAACACUCCAGUCCAUCACUUCCGCGUCUGGCGGGACCUUGGUCGUUUCCGGGACAUCAAGUCCAACCCAUCCAGCAAGAUCCUCAGAUUUGACCGGAGCGACAGCAGUGAGUUGGCCACCAGCCGCUGCUUGAGGAUCGGUUCCUCCUUCACCCUCCCUCGCUCCCUCAGUCACCACACCAGUCCUCUCGUCUCGCCCGCAUCCAACCCUAGGUCCACCAAAGGUGACUUCCAGUCUUCAACGUUCCCUAAAGAGUCUUCGAAGCAAGAGAAACCAUUACGCAAGUCAGUGAAGCAGGAGCCAGUGAGCACCCAGGGGUGCCAGCCCGUCGCCCUCAGGAAACCCACCGUCCGCGGGUUUAACGUGAAGAAGGCGCUGAUGGAGGACCCGAGAACGUUCCAGGGGCGUGCCACCGAUCCCACCAACACCAGUCAACAAGGCACAAACGCUAACCACAAGCUAAACCACAAGUCAACCAGUCACAACUAUAAAAGCCAGCUCGUCAAGGACAAGUCGCAUCACUUGAGUGAGGCGGCCACGGACCGCUCGGACACGGAGUCCCUGGCCUCGGACAUCAGCGAGGACAGCGGCGUCAGCAAUGACUCCAAUAUUUCGUCAGCGUCGUCAGUGUCGACGUCCACCUACCGGGCGUUAGAUGCUUACGCCUCUGACCCAAGCUUUAAGUGGAUCGACCCAACUGUGAUGGCCAAGAUCAGGGCUGUUGGCACCACUGUCAUCUUCUUCGGUCCACGCCAGCGACCUCGCCACCACGACGCCGCCCUCCACAAGCCCUCCAGGAGUACGCCCAGCGGACUUCAGGCUUCCAGGAGCGGACUCCAGGCUUCCAGGAGCGGACUCCAGGCUUCCAAAAACAGUCCUCCUGAAUCAGGAGUUUCCGGCGCUGGACUUUGCCCAAAUCUCUGCAACCCUUCUACACUUACAUUAGGGCCUGUGGCGGCGCCGAGAAUUGUAGGUGUGGUGAGGAAGCGCACCACCACCACCGCCAGCACCACCACCAGCAGCACCACCAGCAGCACCACCAACACCACAGCCACGCCAGCAACUACUGACGCAGCUGGAGAUAACCCUCCCUGCAGCGACGACUCUGGCAACCCCAGCCAGUGGCGCCACGACAAGGACACCACUGUUGUGUACGACUUCACCCGCCAGCACCCGCCCACGGCAUGGGUGUAGCACCUGUGGACUGCCUGCAUGGGUGUAGCACCUGUGGACUGCCUGCAUGGGUGUAGCACCUGUGGACUGCCUGCAUGGGUGU